GCGCUACUUUUGCCAGUUGGCUGUCAAAUGGUCAAAUGAUCUCAGGCCAUUGUCUUCAUGGCCCUCUGAGCAAUAUAUAACUUCGCGUGGUCACAACGCGGCUUUCUUUCAGUCUGGACCCUCCACCACGUCUCGGCGGGUCGUGUACACUCACUCAUUCACUCUCUUUAGUUUCCUUCAUUCUCGUUCAGGUCUCUGAGAGACUAUUGGCCAAAAACCUCAUAUUUCACGCUGUAUGCUUAGACUCUGCUGGCAGCCACAACAUCAACUGUAUCGGUAUUGAACGCAUAUCAUCAUGACGACCUUAGGUCCAAUAUUCCUCAAGUUACGAACAAUUGCAUUUUCAUGUAUCAUAUUCAUCAGUUUCGUUUGGGUCAUAUUGUUCUUUGUUGAACUAUAUGUAAGGUGGGAUGUCUCGCAGACUACACAACGCAACUUAGUCCUCAUACUCUCUGUCGUGAAUGCUAUCACGACAAUAAUGCUAUUAGUCCUAAUUAUUCUCCCUUUUCGUAUAUGGUUGGACGCUGCAAGACUCUUGUUUCUCCUAAUUGCACAUAUAGGGCCGGCGGCUGGCUUUACAGUUUAUAUUGCGAAAGAACCUUGUCCGGAAGACAAUCCGGACGAGGAAGGUGUCUGUAAUGUCAUUAACACGUAUAUUGCCAUCGCUAGUUGGGUGGUUCCUCUCUGUUUGGUAGUGUAUGCGAUAUGCCUCGCCAGUGCUGUAUACCGACGCCGCAAUUUCAUACCUGAGAAAGGCACAAGCGAGAAAACAUUAAUUCAAGAUGAGGAAAAGAACAUCACACCACGGCAGUCUGCACUUCCGAUGAUGUUGCCACCUCCACCGUCGCCAUUCCCCUUUACAGACAGGCGUAGUACAUCAAGUCAUCGCACGUCUACCCAAGCAUCAACCAGUGAUGCCUCGAGCCGAAUGUCCCGUACGUCGCGCCCGGUGUCACAGCGACACAUAUCUUUUCCUGUUCCUCAGCCUGCCGCGCCUGCCAUGCCUUCCCCUGUUACUGUCACACCUAUUGAGCGGCAACGGACGCGAACGUUGUCCAUGCCCUCCAUUGCUGAAAGUUCUGUGAAGUCUUCUGGUAGACUUUCAAAACCCGUUCCUCAGAUGGUCUGGGAAGCCAUUUGAAAAACCUUCAUACUUGUAUGUGUAAAUACUGCCAUUAGGUUAUAAUCAUGAUAGUUCGCAUCAGCUAUACACCGCCUACUCUGCGAAUCAUUUAUGG